AUGCGUGGGAAGAAUCGUGUCAAGCCUCGGAAAAAGUCUCGAACUCCUCUCCAAGGAGAGAAGCCAAACGGGGAAUCUUUGGUAGCCAAUGAUCCUAUCUGGCCCCCAAGUAUCCCUAGACUGUUGUGCUCAAAUUUCUCUACUAUUCGCUUUGCCGAUACCGUGGAGCCGUCCCUCAUUGCAGAUGCCUUGUUGUUCUCCUCCAUGUUUUCCAAGGCAAUGUUCUUAGUAGAUCAGUGCAUCAUUCCUGAAACAGCUGGAAUGGCAGACGCUUGGUUCACGCCUAUGCUCUUCGAUGCAGCCUACUUGAAUGCUGUUUGUUUUACUAUCCAGACAUACCUUGAUGGUUACUUUGCACGGAGACGAAGUGCUGAAGCUCAGCGAAGAGAUUGCGUAUACUACGCGAAGACCAUCAGAAUUCUCCAAGAACGACUCGAACUCGACGCUUUGUCGGGUCACGCAUACACGGCGGGCAAUUACGAGUCGGCAAAUCAUCAUAUCAACGGGCUGUUAAAGCUAGUCAGCAUGAGGGGCGUCGGUACAUUCACCCACAAUACAAAGCUAUUGAUCGAAAUCAUACGCUGCGACUUGGGCAUGGCGAUCGACAGAGGCUCAAGACCUCUCUUAUUUGCCUCCAAUAGUAUCCCAUGGACUUUAAUGCUGACUUCCGACAUUAUGACUGUUCCUGGCGAAAAAUACUCUUGGCGGCAGAUACGUGGCGACCUGGGCCAUAUCCAGAAUAGGCUCGACCCCGAAUUGGCUACGGUGUGGGCCGCGAUGUCAGAGUUCUGUGCUCUUAUGAACGAAGCCGCGGAGAAUACAAGGUUUAAGAUAUCUGAGGAGGCCUUCCUGCACAGCAUGGGAUCCAUCAUGUAUCGUCUCCUCUAUCAACGCUUUGAAAUGGGCAGUCUCAACGAAACGGUCCGUCUGGGCCUGCUGGCAUUUUCGUCUCCCAUCUUUCUUCAUUGGAAUAGGGUUGAGUUGCCUGACCCUCAAUUUACUUCCGCCUACCGAGAAGCUCUAGCGGCACUUGGCCGAAUGGAAUCUAACGUUGAACCUCGAGAGCGUCUAUGGCUUUUGAUGAUUGGCGCCUUGUCAAUGUACCAUGAGCCAGAUCGCGUUGCAUGGUUCAGACCCUGGCUACGAAUGGACAUCAAUCUGUGCGGCGUGUUUAACUGGAGUGAUAUGCGGGAUUUACUAGGCUCUUUUCUAUGGGUUGGGUUGGUAUUUGACGCACUGGGUAAAGAGCUUUUCGAGUCAGUACUGUUGCAGUAG